UAUGACGUCAUCACAGCGGAUCUGUGAGCACAGCGGCUCUUGAGGAGAUUCUCCCCCUGAAACAUGCCUCUGCUCCCCGGGGCCGACACGGGGAACGUGACCGGGCCCUGGAGCCUCGCUGCCGCCUGACCCGGAGACCCACGUCCCCGCAGCGACGCCACCGGAGCCUCGGAACCAGCCGGAGGCCACGGGGCCCGCUUCAUCGACCCGAGAGAAGAUGGCGGAGUUCUCUCCCGUCCUGCCGAUGCGGGAUGGAGGAGGAGGAGGUGGAGGAGGAGGAGGCCGGUUCGGUCAGCCCAUCUUCCCCCGCUCCAGGUCCGGCUCCGAGUCCGAGAGCGAGCUGUCCCAGAGCCUGGCCCGGACCAAGAUCCGGUCCUACGGCAGCACCGCCAGCGUCACGUCCUCCCUGGGGGAGAAGUACAUCGAGCAUCGGGUUUCACACAGCGACACUCUGCAGGGCAUCGCGCUGAAGUACGGUGUCACGAUGGAGCAGGUCAAGAGAGCCAACAAGCUGUUCAGCAACGACUGCAUCUUCUUGAGGAACAACCUCAACAUCCCUGUGGUGUCCGAGAAGCGCUACACAUUUAACGGACUCUCUCUGGAGUCGCCCGACGGGGACGGUGAGACGGCGUGCCAGGAGGCGGACUCGCCCUGCAUUACGCCGGAUAUUGAGGGACCCUCGCCGCCUCCGUCCCCGCCAUCGGAGAACUCCAAACCCACCCAGCCAGAGGAGCUGUCAGCCAAAGACUUCUUACACAGACUGGACUUGCAAAUAAAACAGUCAAAGCAGGCGGCGCGGAGGCUGAAAGAAGAGGAAGUAAGGAGCAACGAAGACGACUACUUGGCCCCUACAACGUCGUACCAGGAGAUAUGAGAGACUGUUUACCUGAGGCCCUGUUCCGGAAGCACACACACAACCACAACCACAAUCUCCUUACUUUCUUUCUUUCUGUUUUUUCUUUUACCGAACCACGUUGAACAAAAGUGUCAUGUUUGCCUUUUUAUUUAUUGUUUUGCAGUUAUCAUGAUGUAUACGAUUGUUUUGUUUUGUGUACAGUGUUACAGGGAGAGGGAAUCAGAGCACAUGUGCCCAUCCACUCAUCUUAUGCUUCUGAAGCUGCUGUACAGAACGCACCUGCUGCACACACACACACACACACACACACACA